GCUCCAUGCCCAGAAGAUGGUGAAACACCUCCAGGAUCCCUAGCCAAAUUAGCCUGUGGAAAACCGCCACCCGACCCCAAGGUGGCAAUUGGCACCACCCUGGCCAUGUAAGAAGGGCCACGAAAACCAAGAACUGAUGCAACCCCUUCUGCCCUCCCCCUCAUGAUCUGCCCAGGCUCACAUAAUCAGCAUUGCUGUCAUAUGACCAUCUAGCCUCUGCUUAAAAACCUCCAAAGAAGGAGAGCCCUCCACCUCCACUGAGGGACCAGUCUGUCAGAAAGUUCUUCCUAAUGUUUAGCUGAAAGCUCUUUUGAUUUAAUUUUAAGCCAUAGGUUCUAGUCCGAGCUUCUGGGGCAAUGGAAAACAAUUCUGCGCCAUCCUCUAUAUUGCAGCCCUUCAAAUACUUGAAGAUGGUUAUCAUAUCACCUCUCAGUUGUCUCCUUUCCAGGCUAAACAUUCUGAGCUCCUUCAACCAGACCCCUCACCAUCUUUGUUGCCCUCCUCUGGACUCGUUCCAGCUUGUCUAUAUCCUUCUUAAAUUGUUGUGCCUAAAACUGAAUACAAUACUCUAGGUGAGGUGUAACCAGAGCAAAAUAGAGCGAUACCAUCAAUACUUGUGAUCUGGACACUAUGCUUCUGUCAAUAAAGCCCAAAACCGCAUUUACCUUUUUAGCUACCACAUCACACUGUCGACUCAUGUUCAGUGUAUGGUCUACUAAGACCCCUAGAUCCUUUUUGCACAUACUACUGCCAAGACAAGUCUCCCCAUCCUAUAAUUAUGUUUUUGAUUUUUCCUUCCUAAAUGCAGAACUUUGCAUUUAUCUCUGUUGAAAUUCAUUUUAUUUGUUUUAGCCCAGUUUUCCAGCCUGUCAAGAUCAUCCUCAAAAUAUUGUUCUCAUUGACCACACACUACUUCAGAGCAGAAGAUGCAGGAGAAAGAUCACUCUGUGUAACUUUCGGCUUCUUUUUCUUUGUUAAAGCAAUGGCAAUUCUGAUAGUCACAGAAAACUAUUUAGAAUUUGGACUUGAAUCAGGCUUCUCAAACUUUUCAGAAAGUGCUGUGCAAUUUUUUGAAAAACAAGGAUUAGAAUCCCGGGGGCCUGUUUCUAAACUAACAUUCAAGUUCUUCCUGGCUGUCCUUUGUUCUCUUAUUGGUGCUUUUUUGACGUUCCCUGGAUUGCGACUGGCUCAGAUGCAUCUGGAUGCCUUGAGUUUAGCGCCAAAAAAAAUCACUCAAACUCUGCUGCACAUAAAUUUCCUGUCACCCCUGCUUAUGGUCUUAUUGUGGGUUAAACCUAUUACGAAGGAUUAUAUAAUGACUCCACCGCUAGGAAAAGAAACUGUGCCUUUAAUGUCCGAAGCUACAUUUGAUACUCUAAGGCUGUGGAUUAUAAUUGUCUUGUGUGCAUUGCGGUUAGCCAUGAUGCGUAAUCAUCUCCAAGCCUAUCUUAAUUUAGCACAGAAAUGUGUGGAUCAAAUGAAAAAGGAAGUUGGCAGAAUAAGUACAGUUGAACUGCAGAAAAUGGUGGCCAGAGUGUUCUAUUACCUUUGUGUCAUCGCACUCCAAUAUGUGGCCCCUUUGGUUAUGCUGCUUCACAUGACUCUGCUGUUGAAAACUUUAGGAAAUUAUUCCUGGGGCAUUUAUCCGGAUUCUGCUUCAGAUUGUCUAGCAGAGAACAGCCCACUGAGCAAAUCAGUAAACUCUGAACCUUCAUCUGAUGAUGGAAAGAUGAAACUAACUGUGCUAGAGCUGACAAUGGCACUGGGUAGCCUGAAGAACAUUUUCACUCCACUCUUGUUCCGAGGGCUCUUGUCCUUUCUUACUUGGUGGAUUGCUGCCUGUCUUUUUUCCACAAGCCUUUUUGGGCUGUUCUAUCAUCAGUACUUGACAGCAGCAUGACCUGAUGAAGAUUUAAGACAGACAUUUAAAGCUAGGAAGUCUGUGUGCUUCGAAAGAGGCAGAAGAAAAUGGGAAGAAAUAAUACAGCAAAGACGAAAACAUAUCAGUUUUUUUUCUUGAAAAACUUGCUUGGAAUUCUCAGGCAAAUGUUGUUGGAAAUCACAAGGGAGUUUUAUAACUGGUUACCUUAAUUGGUAGGUAACUGCUGAAUUAUUAAUGUGGUUGGUGUUGGUGGGUUGCUUUGAAAUAUGUUCAAGAACUUUUGUUUUCAUUAGCUCCGUGUUGCCCUGAAAACACUUGUGUAUUCAGUCACUGAUUGGCUGAUCGUAGUGGUGUUAAGGUACUAGGCUGGUAAUAAUGGCAACGGCUUAGAAAAUGAACUUGUGUGACUGAGCCAUACAAAGGAGUGGGGAAAAUCAUCCUGUUGGGGGUGAAAAAUGUGACUGACUGUUCUUCUUAAGAGCAAAUGAAUCCAACAGGACAAAAGAAAUACUGUAUAUUACAGUAAAGAAAGCUGCGUGGGAUAGAAAUUAUUGUAAAUUAAAGUGCAUGGACUCAGCAGGUAUUCAUGCCAAAGGACUUAUUUACAUGUUACAGUUAAGGGUAUCCAAGUGCAAUAUUGUGUCACUUGAUAUGGAUGAAUGUUCAGGGGUGCAUAGUUACUGUAGAUUUUAAGAAUUUUUUCCCUCUGUUGAAGUGCACACAUACUUGAAAUAAACCCCUUUACCUGUUAGGGUAUUGCAAAGUAGUAAGUUCUGGAAAUUGUGCGAUAACUUACUCAUCUACUCCUCACUCCUGCACAUUCAUGCAUUAUAGUAUGCAAUAUUCUGCAGCUUCCUUUUCCUGAAGCAUUACACCCAUAAUGUAAUGUGUCUGGAAGUCUAAGAGAAGAAUUUUCAUAUUGUAAGAGUAAUAUUAUAAAAUCUGUUGUUUCAGUCUUAACACACUUUUUAAAGAUAAUAAAUGGCCAUAUAAAUCUUUUGGACAUUCGGUAUCGGUGCUAAUAUUUAUCCACAAAAUUCAUUUGUGUUCUAUUGUACCAGUAUCAAAUUCCAUUUCCCUUUCACCACAAUGACUUGGAUCAAUUUAUUGGUAUGGAUCAAAAUCUUUUAAAACUGACUUUACUGUACAUGUAUAUAUCAUCAUGUAAUAUAAGGGGCUUGAAGAAAGUUGACAUUUCCAUAUGAAGCCCCUGAAUGUAUGCUGCAUAGCAGCAGGAUGGGCAGGCUUUGAAUGAAGAGUUAGAAAAAUUAAUAAGGGCUAUCUGUCUUGGUGCUUUUGCAAAGAUACUUUAGUAUCUUAAAUGUUAAGUAGGCUGCCAUGGUGCAGAGUGGCUUUUACUGAAAGCAUUACCUAUUCCAGUGGGCCAUCUGUCCUGCCCUGUUCUUGGAGUCCCAUUAUAAAGGACACUACUGGGUAUUGGAAUGCUGGUGGUAAAACUUGUUUUGUGGUAGCCACUUCUUUGCUACAGUACAUCUUGUAGCAGCAGUAUGGACUGCCAGAGCAGUGGCAACCCAGGCUGCGCCGCAUGCAGACAGCUCAGAGUCCUGCAUUGGGCCCAUCUUCUAUACUUGUUGUUUUUUCAGUACAUUCUUCCUAUUGGAGAGUUCUUAAAGGAGAUGUGUAGGAACUGGUGCUCUUUUAGUUCAUAAAUGAUCUGGAGCCCUGGCUAACAAGAUCAUCAGAUUAUCCAGGAUGGCAAAGACUCAAACAGACUGCAUAGACUGGGGAUAUGCACUUUUAAAGAAUCAGAAAUUUUUGAAUUUGAAUUUCAGGAAAGCUUUCUGUACUGGUAUCAUUCAGGUUUCUAAUACAGUUUUGGAAUUCGAAUUUUGUUUUUUUUGGAAUUUUUCAGUUUUCAAGUCCAUUAUUUAUCAUCAGGGACUGUUUUUCAAAUGAAAUCAAAAUUACAGGGAAAGUAGUUCUGCCUGUCCACUGAACAUCUACCAUGCAAAUUGGAUCAAGGGGUCUAAUUCUACAGGCUCCUGAAGAAUGGUUUCCAACUUGUCUCCAUUGUUUCCUAUGGGGAAAAGAACUGUUUUGUCCAGGACAAAGAAUCGAAUAGGCAUACCACUUGCCAAAAACCUCUAAAUGCAAACAGAUCCAUCAAGCCCAGCAUAACCAAUAUUAAAUCAGUGAAACCAAGCCAAACCAUAUUAAGCAAGGGACAUUGUUGCAAGCCCCACCAAACCUGUAGAAUGGAAGAAAAAAAGGUCUUGGUGCCCUCAAAUGCCAGUCCUGAAUAUUCCUAAAUGUUUCUGGAAUUUUUCAGAACCUGAUUACCAGUAUUCCGAAAAUAUCUUGAUGUCAAUCUUGAUACCUGCAUAUAUCAGAAAAAUACUAAUAAAGUAUUUUGGAAUAUAUAUUUGGACUGGAAAUAUCCAAACACGCAACCCUAUCAGAGACCUCCAAAAAUAUCUAUCCAAGUUACAUGAAUGGGAAAAGUAUAGCAAAAUCAGCUUCAGUGUAAGAAGAAAAGGAAGUACCGUGUAAGUGACUAGAAUGAUGGACAGAAAAAUUCAUGCUUUGCUUAUGCACAACAAUGGUCAAAACUCGCUUUGGGAUUCCAGUGGAUAGCUCAGUGAAAUUUUAGAUGUUUAUAACCUACUUUUCUCCCUGGGUGGAGGCGUGACCCAAAGCAACUUAUGGCAAAGUUCUUACCUACGCUUUAUCUCAGAAUAACCCUAUGAGGUAGGUUAAGCUGAGGAUGUCUGUCUGAAGGUCACCUAUGGGAGAGUGGCAAUUUGAGCCUGGGUCUCCCAAAUCCUAGUUGUAACACUGUAUUUGAGAGGCUGGAGUGACAAGGAGAAUUCAAAGCUAGGUCUUAUCGGGGAAGGAGUUGAUAAUAAUAUUGCUAUUUUUUUUUAUAGUGCAGUUGCAUUUGGAAUACUGCAUACAGUUCUGGUUAACCCAUUUAAAAAGUAAUGUUAAAAGCUGGAGAAGGUGCAGAGAAAUACAACCAAAAUGCUGGAGCACCUUUCUUUGAGGAAAGGCCAUUGAAACAAUUAUGUGUGGUAGAAAGAAUGAAUAGAGAAUUUUCUUCCUUUCUCAUAAUACUAGAUUCAGGAAGAUAACUCUGUGAAAUUAGGCAGAAGAUUCAGGACAAUAUAUUUCUCAUGGUGCGUUACUAGAUGAGCUUCAUGCCAGUUUGGAUGGAUUUCAAAGGGGACUAGAGAAACUAAUGGAAGAUAACUUCAUCAAUUGCUUCUACUAUAAAUGAGUGCUGUCACCUUCAUAGUUUGAUUGUUGGCUUCACAUUAGCAUCUGGUCAGCUGGUGAGAAUCAGGUUUCUUGUCUAAAUGGACAUUUCAUCUGAUUCAGCAGGAAUUCCUUCUGAUUCAUAGGACUUCCUAUGAUCUAAGGCCCUCCCCUCCCUUUUUUUUUUUUUUAGUAUAUCACCCUUGCCCUCCUACAUAUGUUUUCACAUACAGCACAUUCAGGAACAUCCUAAGUAGCUUAUUGAAUCACAUCAAAGAUAUAUCUAGGCCAACCCAAUUUUCUGACAGUAGACAUCAAAAAAGCUGCAUUUUUUGAUCCAGGAAGUAGUUGAAAGCUUUGGCUGUCAACUGAUGGAUCAUAUGCAACUGGAUGUUCUACUCUAAAAUAGCUCAUGUGCAUGGUAUCACCGCUAUUUUUAAAAAAAAUAAAAUUAGGUUCUAAGAGAAGAGGGUAUGGUGGAAAAGGAGCAAAGGAUUUAAGAUACAGCCAAAUAUCAGAAUUGUGUCCUUUUAUAGGAAAAAAAUAGCUCCUGGUCUGAAAUGGUUACUGGCUUAGCUGACCAUACUGGAAAACUGCACUAUGUAAAUGGUGUUUGGUGGAAUUCCCUCUCCUGCUGCUGUAUGCUAGAAAAAAUGACUUUAAAGAUUGUGGUUCCUACCUUAGUUAUUCUGCAACUCUUGCUGUAAGUCACAGCCACAUAACUGAACAGAUUUUUUUAGUAAUAAGUUAUCCAAAGCGUUUAAUUCAUAAACGAAAUAUUUCUAUUGUGCCUGGUUAGUUUCAGCAUUUCUGGACAGACUUACUCCUUGUGUGUUGUGUGUGAAGAGAAAUGCAUUUGGCCUUGCAAUUAUCCUUUUAACUAUACAAAGGACAGCGAUAUAUUGAGUGACAGUGAUCACAUUGUUUCUUCAAGGAAAGCUUGGAAUGAAUACAAUUAGUCUGAAGCCCAAUCUAAAAUCAAAACCUAAUAGCUGGUGGAUUAAUUGCAAGUAGCUUUAACUAUAUCUGGACUUCAGUUUAUCUCAAAUUUCAUCUUGGUAUUCAGACUUCUUUGAGUUCUUUCCAGCAAUGACUGUUCUUUCAUGAAACAGUAUUGUCCAAUCAGCUGUGGUUCUGAUUUGACAAGGAGAAACAGCUUUUCCUGCAAUUAUGAAUAUUUGCGGAAACAGAGUUCAGCUAUUUCUUCACCUUGAAGCUCUCCUGCUCCAAAGUUUUUUUCCCCUUCAUUCACUUUCAGUGGUAGGGGAACUGCAUGUGUUGAUGUAAUGUAUCUACCUCCAUUUCCAUUGAAAUGAAUGGGAAAACCUGCUUGCAUAGGAUUUCCACAUGUUGACUGGAACAUAUCCAGGGCUCUUCCCUGCUUUUUCCCUUGCUAUAUAAAAUCUGUACUGCUAAAAAAAAAUAUUGUCAAGAAGGGGCUACAACUUGCAUAUAUGAGUCCAUAUAAGCAGAAUGCUAGAAAAGUAACAUGUUGAAUAGUUUGGAAUCUUAAAGCUACUGGGAUCUCACCCAGUGUGUUUUUGGAUGCAUAGCCUUUAUUUAAUUAUAUCUAAUGUCUGUUAACUUAUGACUGUGCAUUAUGAUAUGAAAAGUGAGCAAAUUGUUAGUGCCUGUGAGAAAAAAAAUUCACAGCUGUUCAUCUGUUCUGUGAAAAGCCUCAUUUGCUGAAUUGUGGCUUGUUGCUCAGUUACUAAAGACAAGGAACUCUGCCAAGGAGAAAAAGAUUAAUCUACAGAAUUAAUCUCAAAUUUCAUCAUACAACAUUUGACUUUGGAAAUAACUGAACUUGCAAACCUAAAUUGAGUGUUUUCAUAACUAGAAACUGAUGUCUUUAAAAUUGCUCUAUUUGCAAUUUUUGUCAAAUCAAAUCCUACAGAAGAUACACCUUUAAAGCAUUGAACAUCCUUGACAACUUUAUGAUAUUUUAAAGUGGUAAAUCCUGAGGACUGAAAAUCAGAACACUUUUAGUAAUCAGCUUUUAAAGUAGGUUUUUUAAUUUGUGUAAUCUCAGUUUAACUGUACAAAUGCAGAUAAAGCUAAAGGUAGCUUUCAAGAGUGUUGUUUCUCUGACUCCGCCGGUGCAACCACAUGCUCUUGAUGGGCAAGGUCACCCAACUGGCUUCAAGCAGAGGUGUGGGGAAUCAAACCUGGUUCUCCAGAUUAGAGUCCUGCACUCUUAACCACUACACAAAACUGCCUCAUAAAAGAUCCUCUGACCCUCAUGCAUGAAAAUAAUUUUGUGGUCAUUUAUGAGAAUGUUGGUUUGUAUUUAUAAUCAUUCAAUAUAUCUGCAAGCACAACUUUAAUUGAAUGGUUUCAUGGAGUUGGAUCCAAAGCAGGGUCUUCCUCCCCGCCCCCUCCCCUUCGGAGCUUGGCUCCAAAGGAUCUCCCUUUUGAGUGAAUGGCACGUGUAUGAGGGACAAAAUCAUCCAAUAACAAAAUGUGAAAUCCAUUUUGACACUUCCUACAUUUUUUUCAUGCAUUAAUAUGCCAAGAUAAGGCUGGUUCAAAAUUGAUUUUUAUUUUUUUAAAUUUUAAUACAAUAAUUGAGAAUAUUUCAUUAGAGCAAAACAGGCCAGCAAGUAAACAAAGUAAUGCAGCAGCCAUGAGUACAGUUUCCCACUCAACAUGCCAGUUCACGUUGCGUGGUUGGCUCUGUCCAUGUAUAAGUUGUUAACCAGAUGCCACCUCCAGUAUUCCUGUGUGCUCUUGAAUGAGGCUUAUGUUGGUUACAUGAACUGGCCCCACGUAGUGAAUUUGCAUGGGUCUGGCAAUCCCAUCAAAACUAGUAGGAGGGGUGCACGAAACAAAUAGCUGCUCUGCAUUUGGAAAAUGCUUGCAUUGAUUGAUUCCAAGACAGCUGUGCUUAUUCAAAUGCUCCUUUUAAAAUGUGCAGCUACAUUUGGCUUCAAAUACUCCCCUCAAUAAAUGCUUAUUAACCUAAAAUGCUUUGCUUAUUCUCUUGAAUCAAUAAGCCCCAUUAUAGUUUUCUUUACCUCACCGUUAGAUGUAAAAACUUUUUGGUGCAAAACCUCCUUCCAGCAGUUGUACAGUGAGAUCCAGUGACAAGUUCCUACAUUUGCAUAGCUCACCACAUAGAAUAGUCUCUUCUAAGUUUGAAUUUAAAUGGCUGUCGUGACUGUUCCUGCAGAUAGAUUGAUCCCUGUUACUUGAAAGGGGAAAAGAAUAUCCAAGGCAAACAGGCAUUUGCUGUGCCAGGUGUCCUUUCAUUUGUGAUGCUUUCAGGCAGGUGAGUGCCAACAGCUUCCUACACACACUUUGGCAGCAGAGUCACUUUCUUGUGAAACUGGGCAUGAGUUUCCCAGUGCAAAUAUAAGUUUUAUCUCAAACGAGAGCAUCAGUUGGCUUUUAAUUCACAAGUUUAAACAAUAUCGUGGGCUAUGAACAUGUAUGCUAGAAAAAACUUAAACAAGCUGGUCACCUGCUUUAACCGCGGCCUUAAAUCCUCAAUGCAGGUACUAGAAGCAAGCUUCAAGUACUAUCUCUUGAGACUUUUUUGCUAGUGUUCUUUUCAAACAUGGGAAAGAUGUAGUUCUUCAAGGGAACAUGUAACUCUUCUGUAUUCUGUAAUCUGAGCAUGUUCUGCUUUUAACUCAUUGCCUGACACAAUUUUGUAUAGUAACACAGUGUGCAAAACAAAUGACAAAUAGGUCUUUUGAGUCCUUGAGAAAGGGUAGGCUAUACAUCCAAAUGAAUAACAAGCAAAUAGGAAUUUGCAAAGAGGCUGCAGUGUGAGAGACCCUUUUCUAUAACCUACAAAUUUUUACACCAUGUGUAAAAGAACCAUAUUGCUUAUUGCUUUUAUUCGCCAGCACAAAAAUAUAGCAAUAUAUUAAUCUACUUUAUAUUUUUGCAUGUCAGGCAGCACUUUAGUAAUAAUGGUGGGAAAGGAUAAGAGGUAGUUGUAACAAGGCUUGUAAACUGCUCAGUGCUUGGCAAGUGCUAUAGAAAUUAUAAUAUCCCAUUCAGUGUAUUGAUGCCAACUUAGAAAUACAGUGACUCAAGAUCUGCUUUUUAAUAUAAUUUUUCUGUGUUCUGGAAGAAGCUAGAUUCUUCAGUCUUUACUUAAAAUGGGUUACUAGAAUGGUAAUUUCUGCUGUGUGUAGUAAUAAUUGCAUCAACAAGUUGGCUGCUACAAAGCUUCACAUGGCUGGAAGCCAUAGCAAUGGUGUUAGAAUUUGCCAGGCAAUAGGAAGUGCGUAGUGUUUGUAACUUUAUGUGCUCUGUAACUUGUCAAUUUAACUUGUCUGUUUGUUAGCUCACCUAACACAGGAUUGUGACAGUUUUGUGUUCUAAUUUGGUUGCCUGGGUCAGAAAUAAGGCAAUUUUAUUCAAACCAAAGAUCAAUAAAUGUGUUGUGGUUGAUUUGUGUGUGUACUUGUAGACAUCAUAAAGUUGACCAGUAUGUUAUAAAUGUAUCCAAUUUGACCUGACUGGUUUCGAAAGGCCCUUUAGAUAUUUCAAUUGCAUUAUGAAAAUCUUAAUUGCCUGCCAAGAAAAUUCAAAUCAUUUGCACAAAACAAUAAAAAUUAUUUUUGCAAGUUU